AUGCUACCUGUUCACCUUAGAACCGUAUACUAUAUAAAAGUGAAAUCCAACAAAUUAUUUCUUUCUCACAUCACCACGAAAACUGAAAUUUCCUUCUUAAAUCACCGUGAAAAACUGUACCGACUCUGGCACUUCUUGUUGUUGGGUUGCGCAGUUUGCAGCAGCAGAAAAACCGUGUUUUUUGUUGGUGGGUUAAAUUUGCACCUGGAAAUAUGGCGGGUCACGGUUUUAGUUUCAGUUUCUCCUCCAUUGAAGAAGAGGAUGUGCAGUGGUAUAAUCUCUUCCAACUCUAAGAAAUGUCCCUUUGAAGCCCUUUCUCGUGAUAUUCUGGUUCAAGCAUUGUGUGGUGUGGACCAUAAAGAUUUGAAGCAGCUUUUUCAUGUCUCAAAAAUGAUUAGAGAAGUGACUAUGAUGGCUAAGGAACAUUUUGAUAUCUGUACACCAAAGACAUUUGCUUUUCUUAAUCCAUUUUGUUCAGGUGCAAAUGGGUUUAAGGAAAUUGAAACUCCAAAGGUUAACUGAAAAGAAAUUAGAUGACAACAUCUCGCGGGUCUUAUCUUUUUUAAUCGAUUAAGAGCAAGGAAGGGCGGGCAAAAAUGAGUGUAUUUCAAUAACCCCAAAAAACACAUAGUACAGUGCUUGGAUGAAUACAUUUUAUUAAUGAAGAAAAAUCAGUGUAAUGCAAUAACCCAAAAAAACCAUAACAGUAUUCUUUAAAAAGAAGCAGUUAAAGCUAAAGCAAUGUGAAAAG